AUGUCACUCUCUCCCUUCACCUCACUCUUCCCUCUGAUCCCUUCUCACUCUUCCCUCCACUCCCUUCUCACUCUUCCCCCUGCUCCCUUCUCACUCUUCCCUCCACUCCCUUCUCACUCUUCCCCCUGCUCCCUUCUCACUCUUCCCUCCGCUCCCUUCUCACUCUUCCCCCCACUCCCUUCUCACUCUUCCCUCCGCUCCCCUCUCACUCUGAGUCGACAUUAUGACUCGGACACCCCCAAAUCCAGGGCCCAAACUCAACUACUGGUACAUAUAGAUCCCUCUCAGGCUAUCCCCACCUCUACCAAGGUGAGGGCAAAGCGCCACAUUGCUGCUUUAGAGGAAGAGCUCGAGACGCUGUGGCACAACAAAGGGAACAAGCAAAGAAAGACAACCUACUACAUUGCACAAGGCAGGGCCAUUCACUCUAUGGUCGUCUUGUACAACACCUUGGACGAUUUGAUCGGUGAGAACAAUCGCAGGUACAAGAGCAUGAGUCUCACGGAUGAAGCGUCCACACCGGAGAAGCUUGGGAAUCUUGACCACGAAGAAUGUAAAGACAUGUUAAAAAAGCUCAAGAAGGGAGCAGAUGCAGCUUGGGGUGAUGAUACCUCCAGUCUCAAAGACCUUGUUGCUGGUUGGAUUAACCAAGAGUUUUGCCCAUCCCCCUUGAUCAGGCCUGAUGAUAAACAUUGGUGCGGUUUUGCGAGUGAUGUUUGUGGGAGGUUGCUUUGUCCUGCCGAAUGGGACUGGGAUCAAAUACAUGUCAAAGCUGGCAUUCAUGACAGGACAACAGAGUACAUAGUUUCUGAAAACUCCUGGCCAUUGUUCAUGUAUGAGAAUUAUCAAGUCAACAAUGAUCACCUCGAGGAAGGCUUCCUGAAAUCAAAACUUCUUGUUCUGGACCUUGCCUCCUCUGGACACAAGUCUCAACUUGUUGUCACCUCCGACCCUCCGACCCUCCACUCCAACUUAGAGCCAUGCUCUAAGUGUCCCCCUUAUUUCUCUGUCCCUAUCAAUAUUCCCCUUGCCCCUUUUCCCAUCCUCUGCAUUAUCCUCCGCCUUCCCCGCUCCUACCAAACAUUCCCCCUGCUCCUAUCCACCCUCCACAUCACUCCCCACCUUCUCCGCUCCGCUCCUAGUUGGCCCGCCACUAGUAGCUCUUACUUCCUGACCUUCAAAGCAGACCUAAGCGGUCCAUUCGUCCUAUUGUCAGACAACGUCGGACCUGCUCCAAAUUCGGGGCACAUACUCGGCUAA